ACGUGCGGGUAUUGACGGCGCAACUUCCUGGUGAGAAGCGCGACUCUCGGUGGCACGCAGUCUUGACAUUUUCGCCAUGGGCAAACGCGGGAGCCGCAGCCAGAGCCAGCUGCUCAGCACUCUGACUAAAAAGCAGAAGAAGCAUCUGCGGGAUUUCGGCGAGGAGCAUCCCUUCUAUGACAGGGUUUCCAGAAAAGAAGUAAAACCACAGAUUUGUCAACUGUCAGAAAGUUCAGAUACUUCAAAUUCUGAAAGUGAAGCAGAGAGUGAACCAGAACAAGUAUCUGGGUACCACAGACUACUUGCUACACUAAAAAAUGUUUCAGAGGAGGAAGAGGAAGAUGAGGAGGAGGAAGGAGACAGUGUUGUAGGUGAUGCAGAAAUGAAUGAUGAAGAUGGUGAUGCUGACAUCAGUGUGGAAGAAGAGACAGCAGCAGAAUCUACUGAAAUGCAAGAGAAUGUGGCCUUAUCUGCUGACCCUGAAGGAAAAGAUGGGGAAGGGCCAGCUGUCACGUCACAAGAAUCCCCAGAGGAGUUCACAGAUGCAAAACACGAGUCACUGUUCAGCCUGGAAACCAAUUUUCUCGAAGAGGAAAGUAGAGACAACUGUUCUCUGAAAGCUUCACAAGAUCCAUUUCUACAACAUGUGAACAAUGAACUGAAAGAAAAAGAAAUUCAAGCUGUUGCCACAAAUCCGAAAACUACCCACCAGCUAAAAUGGCCCAUCCUGGGCCAGCUUGUCUUUUCAUCCAAGUUUCAGAAGUUGGAAACAUUUAAACCCCCAAAGGAUAUUUACUUAAAGUCACUUCAUCUUCAGAAGCCUCUGGAAUCCACCUGGACCAAGACCAAUAGCCAGUUCCUAUCUGGUCCUCAAAAAUCAAGUAGCCCUUUCACCCCCCUCCAGAAAGAGCUCUUCUUAAUUAUGAAUUCUUACCGGGACCUGUUCUACCCAGAAAGGACUGCCCUAAAGAAUGGGGAAGAGAUCCGCCAUGUGUACUGCCUGCAUGUGAUAAAUCAUGUCCUCAAAGCCAAUGCCCGGGUGCUUGCCAACAAUAGCAGACGCCGAAGCCAGAAACUUGGGGUGGGUGAUGAUGAUGACUUCAGGGACCAAGGGCUAACAAGGCCCAAGGUACUGAUAGUGGUGCCCUUCCGGGAAGCUGCUCUGCGGGUGGUGCAGCUCUUCAUCAGCCUCCUUGAGGGCGACAGCAAGAAGAAAAUCAUUGUGAGCAACAAAAAGAGGUUUCAGGGAGAGUACGGGUCAGAUCCCGAGGAGAGACCACCGAACCUGAAGAGGCCUGAGGAUUAUGAAGCUGUGUUCGUGGGCAACAUUGAUGACCACUUCAGGAUCGGAGUGGCAAUACUUCAGAGAAGCAUCCGACUCUAUGCCCCCUUUUACUCCUCGGAUAUCCUCAUUGCUUCCCCUCUGGGCUUGAGGACCAUCAUUGGUGGAGAAGGAGAGAAGAAGAGAGAUUUUGACUUUUUGUCUUCUAUCGAGCUACUCAUCAUUGAUCAAGCUGACAUUUACCUGAUGCAGAACUGGGAGCACGUUUUGCAUUUGAUGAACCACAUGAACCUACUGCCCUUGGACUCUCAUGGUGUAGAUUUUUCUCGAGUGCGGAUGUGGAACCUCAAUAAUUGGUCCAAGUACUAUCGCCAAACACUGCUGUUUGGGGCCCUCCAGGAUGCCCAGAUCAACUCGCUGUUCAACAAAUACUGCGUCAAUUUGCAAGGCCAGAUGGCUGUGAGGAACGUCCCUACGACAGGUUCCAUCAGUCAUGUCCUGGUACAGCUCCCACAUGUCUUCCAGAAGAUGGAAGCUGGAAACCUAGUUUCAGUGAUUGAUGCCAGGUUUAACUUUUUUGUGAACAAGAUCUUGCCUCAGUAUCGUGAUGCAGUCAUGUCUCACACACUCAUCUAUGUCCCCUCCUACUUUGACUUUGUGCGUCUCCGAAAUUAUUUCAAGAAGGAAGAACUGAACUUCACCCAAAUCUGCGAGUACACCCAGAAGUCUGGUGUCUCCAGGGCCAGACACUUCUUCCUUCAAGGAGAGAAACAAUUUCUACUAUUCACAGAGCGCUUCCAUUUCUACAAAAGGUAUACAAUAAAAGGCAUCAGGAAUCUGAUUUUCUAUGAACUGCCAACAUAUCCACACUUCUACAGUGAAAUCUGUAAUAUGCUGAAAGCCACCAGCAGAGGAGAAGAAGCCACAUGGACCUGCACUGUCCUCUACUCCAAGUAUGAUGCCCAGAGGUUAGCUGCUGUGGUUGGUGUGGAGCGUGCAGCACAGAUGCUGCAGUCCAAGAAGAAUGUCCACCUCUUCAUUACUGGGGAAAAAUGAGAUUCUGUGGGACAGGAAAUGGCAUUUGGCAUGAUACAUAAUGCUUGAUUCUGUGCCACUUGGACCCAAUUCUGAUUACUUGUACAUCUGAGAGGAGAGGGAUUAAUACAAGGAAAGAGCACCAGGCGGCGUCAGUGUUACUGGAUACUUCUUUCUUUUCAGGUCCUGUGUCCGUGAAAAGUUCAGUAUAAACCAAAUUUUGGUAAAUCACAUCUUUCAGAGGUCGAGAGGGUCUGGAAGGACUGUGAGAAGUUGAUAGAAGUACAACUUUUACUUGUGAAUCUUUUUGUAAGCCAUAAUUUCUUUAUGAUGAUUUUUACCUCUAAUUUAUUACACUUGGUAAAUUCUUUCAGAUUUGCCUAUUCGUUGGAUACUUUCUUAAAGUAAGGCACACACAUCAUUGCUUGUGAGAACUGGUUGUGAGAAAUUGGCAUACUUCUUGCCACUGAAUGUCAUCUUAAUUUUGGAUGGCACAGAUUUUGUGAAAUUGUUAUUUUUCCCUAGCCAAACUUUUUAUAAACCUUAAAUAUUCUACUUUAAUUCAACCCAGUAGAGUACAUUCAUUCACUGAUCUUUUUUUAAUUCAUAAUAGUAAAUGUUUUAAAAUAGUUAAAAGAUGCAUUUAAAAUCACGUUACAUAAAAUAACAUUAACUUCUACUCCGUUUCAAGAAAUAAUUGUGUUGAAACUUGAUGUUGAAAUAUCCAUCUUAAAUAUUAGUGUGUUCAUAAUUACUGUAGUCAUUUUUUGAGUCAUAUAACAGAUAAAAAUGAAAGAGAAAUUGUACUUUUUUAAACAUUUUUAUUUUGAAACAUUCACAAACAGAAAAAUUACGAGGACAGAAUGUGAGUCAUUUGAGAGUAAGUUGCCAUCCCAGUGGACCUAUCACCCCCAAAUACUUUAGUGUAUAUUUCUUAUAAACAAAAACACUGUUCUGUGUAACCACAAAACAUCCAUAAAAAGAAGAAAAUUGCCAUUAAUGUCUGUUUUAGUGUCCUUUGGCUUUCUUGACCUUGACACUUUUGAAGAAUGCAGACUAGUUAUUUUGCAGAAUGAUGUUUCUUAUGAUUGAAUUUAGAUUAUGCAUCUUUGGCUAGAACGUCGCAGAAGUGAAGCUUCAUCUUUGUCACUGUAUCCCGUCAGGUGACACAUCGUUUCAAUUUGUCCAUCAUUGAUGUUGAUAACUUUGACCACUUGUUUAAGGUGGUGUUUGCCAGACUCUUCCCCUAUAAAGUGACUCUGUUUCACUUCA